CGAGGAAAAAGAGGAAAGGAGCUCCGGUCGCAGCUCGUGUUUCAGUUUUCGGCUUCCCGAGAAAUAUUUUAUGCGCGCGCGAAGGACCUCCUUAUCCCUCGCUCGCUCCUUUCAUAUCCUCGUUCUUUUUCUCGUCCUUUUUGCCCUAUCGACGCAGAUUCGACGUAUUUUCGGGGGUGGAUGCGAUGCACACUGUCGUCCGUGAGACCCGAAGGACGAGCUAUCCAAUGACUGAGAAUUCUCAAUGCGGUUCAUAUUAACUCACUGCUUGUACUUCAACUUUUGAUGCUACGUAUGCCUCUUCUGGGUGAAUGAAUUAUCGCAUUUACACAACAAAACGAGCUUAAACACGCCGCGAACGUUACACUUGCGUUAAACAUUGUGAAGUGAGAGGCGAAGGGGAGAAGGAAUGACGUAGGCUCUACGUAGCAACGCUCUUCCAUCACAGUGGCGCCAUCUGUAGGUGACAGCGCGAAGCUCGAACUGUCGUAACCUUUCGCGUCUCCACUACGGAGCUAACAUAACCUAAAUUUUUCGAUAUUGUGGCCUAUUCGUUGUGCAAAUUAAUUUUAAGAAUAGAACAAAUUUUAAUUUACACAUAUAUAUAUAAUAUACAUCGAAUUAAAGCCGCAAAAUGUCGGAGCGUAAAGUUUUGAACAAAUACUAUCCACCGGAUUUUGAUCCGUCGAAAAUCCCGCGUAUGAAAUUGGCGAGAAAUCGUCAAUACACCGUGCGAUUAAUGGCGCCAUUUAAUAUGCGAUGCAAAACAUGCGGUGAAUAUAUCUAUAAGGGGAAGAAAUUCAAUGCUCGUAAAGAGGAUGUCGAGAACGAUGAUUAUCUGGGCAUACGCAUCUACAGGUUCUACAUUAAGUGUACUCGCUGUUUACAAGAGAUAUCCUUCAAGACAGAUCCUAAAAACACAGAUUACGAGAUUGAGGCAGGUGCUACGAGAAAUUUUAUGGCUCUAAAACUGGCUGAGGAACAAGCGCAAAGAGAGGAGGAUGAGGAGAAAGAGGAGGAAGCAACCAAUCCGAUGAAGCUUUUAGAGAAGAGAACUCUCCAGUCUAAACAGGAAUUGGAACUGUUAGAAUCUUUGGAAGAGUUGAAGGAUUUAAACCGCAGGCAACAGACUAUAGAUUACGAUCAAAUGUUGGAGCAAUAUGAUACGGAGGCUGCUAGACAGAGGACAGAAAAAGAACAAGAAGAAUUGGACGAGCAAUAUGUUAAAUCUAUAUUUGGUAAAAGGCAAUUAACUGGAACUGUUAUAGAAGAAAUUGAAGAAGUGAAAGAAAAAAAGCGUGAACCUGUUAGAAAAAUGUUUAAAACAGAUGAGACAAAUGAUAAAGAAGAGGAAAAUUCCACGAAAUCUACAAAAAUGUCAUUGUGGUCGGAAAAUACAGGAUCAUCACUUAAGAAGAAUUUGAUGAAAAAAAGUAAUAUUGGUAUAAAGAUAAAUGCAAAGUCAACACAAAAUAAAACGUCCGAAAGCGUUGAUUCGCAAUUGGACAAAAAUAACGCGACGAAUACCUCAGACACAACAGAUAUAGUUUCUAAAUCAACUAAUGUAAGUAAUAGUUUAUCACUAUUAGGUACAUAUUCAAGUAGUAGCGAUAGUGAUUAAAAAAAACAAUGUAUACACAUAUAUAUUAUAUAUGU